AUGGCACACAACGCGCCCCCAACGCAGAUGACGCAGCUCCCAGUGAAGCCCGAGGACAGACCACGAUACAGUAAAGAACAACUACAGACGUACUUCCAUCGCAUCCACCUCCCGAAGCACCAUCUCGCAUCGCCCGUGCUCAAGAAUGACCCGUCUCUCGCAUCCACGCAAGAGCACGGCCUCCCUCUUCUGCGAGCCCUCCAUCUGUACCACCUGGGAAACAUUCCCUUCGAGAAUCUCGAACUGCACUACUCCGCCCACAAGAAGAUCUCCCUCAACAUGGACGACCUGUACACGAAAUUUGCAGAGCGGGGACUCCAGUACGGGCGAGGGGGGCGAUGCAUGGAGAACAAUGGCUUCUUUGGCACGGUACUGCGGAGCAUCGGAUAUGAUGUGCGGAACUGUGCGGGUAGAGUGAGCCGGUCGUGGAGUCCCGAUGCCGAGACGAGGAAGCAGCAGGGUGAGACGUACGAUUGCUGGAAUCAUAUGCUCAACCUGGUGAGGAUUGAGGAGCAGUGGUGGGUCGUCGAUGUUGGCAUGGGAAGCAUGGGCCCUUCCAUCAUCUAUCCCCUGCAGGACGGGUGGGAGGGCGUUGCGAUCCCGCCGAGAGUGAUACGACUACAGAAGAGAAGCAUUCCCGAGACCUACAGCAGAACCAGCGAAGACGCCACGAAGCUGUGGUGCUACGACGUAUGCCAUAGACCGGAUGAGAGUGAAAGAAAAUGGAUUCCUACAUAUUGCUUCACGGAGACGGAAUUCCUGCCGCAGGACUACGAGAUGAUGAGUUGGUUCACGAGCACGCAUCCGAAGAGCUUCUUCACGUACUCCGUUCUAUGUACGCGGUUGAUCUUGGAUGAGGAGCAGCAGUGUAUUGUGGGAGAUAUCAGUCUCUUCAACGACGGCGUGAUGAAGAAGAUCGGUGGGAAGAAGGGGGAAGAGCGGCAGUUGAAGACGGAAGAGGAACGUGUGCGGGUCUUAAAGGAGAUGCUGGGAGUUGAGCUGACCGAGGAGGAGAAGAGCGGUAUGCCUUUGGAAAGGAAACUUACUUGA